AUUGGUUAUGUUAUGAUGACUAUGAUAGAAUAGGCUAGAUUCUAGAAUAGACAUGCAAUACACGUGAUUGCAACUCACGUUGUAAUUAACGACAGUCACGAAUAGGAUGUAUAUUGAAUUAUAUAUUCUAAAUUAGCGUUGUUAAUGAUCGUUAAUCGCAAUGCAAUCAGUAACGAUACUCCAGCGGGUCCUGUCUGCUAAAACGGCGCCCUGCUUGACUCGUUUGUUAUUCUUGAGACAGGUGAACAAAUACUCUGACUCCGCUGCCACGAAAAACGACAGUAGCAAUACAUCGAAUAUUGGCGAAUCACAAAAUGAACGUGUCGCAAGCGAUGUUGAAUCUUCCUUAGGCGAGGAGAACGUUUCUCGCCUUCUGAAGGAAGCUGCUUCUUACAGCGAUGCCAAAGAUAAAAAUUGGACAACGAGCCCUUAUCCGGCCGAUGCUCCUACCUCAGUCGAAGAAGAAGUUGUCAAGCCGAAGAUUGAUCCAUUGGACACUUGCAUUGUGCUUUUUCCAGGACAGGGUACCAUAAAAGUUGGCAUGGUUCAGAAAUACUUGCGCUUUCCACAGGCAAGAGAAUUAUUCGAGAUAGCCAACGAGAUUCUGGGAUAUGAUCUGCUGAAACUCUGCCUAAGAGGUCCACAAGAAAAGCUGAAUCAGACUUGCUUUAAUCAGCCGGCCACAGUGGUAAGUUCGCUGGCUGCACUGGAGCAACUCCGUGAGGAAAGGCCCAGGGUAUUCGAAACAUGUAAAGCAGCCGUGGGCUAUAGUGUAGGGGAACUGACCGCCCUGAUCUUCUCAGGCGCUUUGUCCUUCGAGAAUGGCAUCAGACUGGUCUCUGUGAGAGGCGCUGCAAUGCAGUACGCUUCUAACAAAUGUCCUCAAGGAAUGCUAUCGGUCCAGUGUUCUCCACAAGCUUCAUUAUCACAGGCGUGCAAGGAUGCCGAGAAGUGGGCACAAGAUUGCGGUGUAGAGAUACCAGUUUGUCAGGUAGCAGUAUAUUUGUACACUCAAUCGAAGAUCUUGGCUGGGAAUACUCAGGCUCUUGAGUACAUAGAAGAGAACGCGAAAAAGUACGGACUUUUCAAGUUAACCAGGCUGCCGGUGUCGGGCGCAUUCCAUACAACAUUGAUGGAACCAGCGCUCAAGUCCUUUGGCAAGAUGCUCCACACGUUAGAAUUCGAUGAUUUCAGAUGUCACGUCUAUUCCAAUUACAAGGCGCAUCCGUACGGCAAUACGGCAUUAAUUAGGAAAUACUUGCCAAAACAAAUUAUGUCGUCUGUGAAGUGGGAGCAGUGCAUACAGCUGUUGUACAACAGACCCCCGGGAACUGCCUUCCCGCGAACUUUCGAUGUAGGAUCAGGAGGAAGAAUGUCAACGAUCUUGAAGUUAAUUAAUUCAAAGGCACACCAACACUGUAUAGCCGUCUAAGCACUUUUAUAUUUCUUGAUAAUACCAAAAGAAAGUCUGAACAUUUGACAUUAUUUUGUACAUACUUGUUGAUUAGCUUUAUUAUUCCAACUGUGACAUGAGAAAAUAAAGAGGAUCAAUGUUAUAUUAGAUACGAAAAUUGUGUAUA